UUCGCCGACGUCAACGGCGAUAGAAAGUCGGGGCGACGAACCCUGCCGAUUGUAGCGCCCGAAGGAUCUCGCAUAUAUAUGCUUUGUGUCCUUCCGCUACUUUCUUUUGCUCUUACAUCAAUAUGGAGCAUAGGGCCCCUCUGCAGCAUUUUCUUUAUUUCUCUCGGUUCUUGGAUCGGAAUUCGCUACUUUCUCUAUCGCGACGAGAUUAAUGAUCAGUGGAGCUACCGCCUGUAUAACGUGUGGGUCAUGGGCGUGCAUAUUUUGCCAGCGAAUGGGCGUUUACCUGUAUUGGCAUGGUAG